AUGGCUAACAGCCGUGCACGCAUGGUGGCUGAGUCCGACGGGUUGGUGAAGGUGCUGCUUGAAAAGAAGAUGGACAAGCUAAUUUGCGUGCUCAAAAUCGCCAGCAAUGCCUGUGAAAUGGUGUGUCAUCGGCUUGAAGACGGCGCUACCGAUAGGGGCCUUACGCACAUGUGCGACGCUUACCCGACUCUAAACGAGGCGUUUAAGGAGGCCUUUCACACGGUUCAGCUUUCUCAAACCCUCGAGGUGGUCGAAGAUGUCAACCACAUGACAAUCGUCAGCUCAAAACAAGAAACAGAAAGGUCCAAUUUGUUGCUCGCUCUUGAAAGAGACGUGUACUACUGUUACCUGGUGCCACUUACGAUCCCCGUGACCAUCUUGGCCUGCUACGCCAACUGGGUCAGUCUCAAGUUCUUUCGCCACAACUAG